CACUAACCCUCCAUAGCUGUCAGCUGAUUGUCGAGUUGGGAGGAAAAGAAAACAUAGCCAUGGCGGCAGAGAUUCAUUCGAGGCCUCAAAGCUCAAAACCAGUUCUUUUAAAUAAGAUCGAAGGACACUCGGACGCGGUCAAUGCUGCAGUUUUGAUACCGAAAGAGGACGGAGUGAUCACGGUUAGCGAGGACAGGUAGGUUGGCUGACGCCCCAUUAGCUGUUAUCCAGACCAUGAUCUAGCUAUUAGCCAGAUAACGGUAGCUGGCUAGCUUGUUAGCCUGCUUACUAGGUUAUCGUUUGCCUGGGGACCAGGCGGUGCAUUUCUAAAUAAACCGUCUGGAACAUCAUGACAGUGUUUGAUUCUGGAAAUGGUACUCUCAGGUUCUCCACAAGCCGGAAUGUUGAAUACAAUUCUAUUUGAAUUUACUCUGCCGAUUGUCCGUGAUGAUGUUGGUCCUUCAGCUGCUCGAAAUUUUAGACAAAAUAUCCACAGGAAAGUAUCAUUUAGUCGACUUUUCAGAGCACCGGUACUGAAGUUUUAAAUUUCUAUCACCUGGUAGAUGCGCAAAACCAUGUAAACACCUGCAAGACCAUAGAGAUCAUAUUAAAUUACUAGAGGGGCUAGCUACAAAUAUUUGUAUAACUAACCCAGAGCCUAUCUUUCCAAUGGGAGCAAAUUUAAUCAUAGUGGACAGAACAAGUAAGGAGGUGGGCAGAGCCAAGCAGGAGCUAGUGAGAUCCUAUUGGCACGUUUUAGCCUUUAUUUGAAUAUUUCCGAUAGGGAAGGCCUACUUUGUGAAGUGCGCGUGUGUAAUAACUCAAUUCGCCCUUGCACUCCUUCUAAACAAAGCACAUUUUUUGAAUCUUUGGGAAAAGUCUACAAAAAGCAGUCCACUCUGUUUGCCACAGAUUCUAGUUUUGGAAACAGAAAACUGUAUGGAGAUUAAAUGUUUAAUUGAAUGUCGGGCAAAAUCCAUCUUGUUCCAUCUACUCCCACUGGGCUUCCACUCAUCACCAUAUUUGGUAGUGAGUGGAAACGUCAACCGGAUGCUUCACAUUUAUACAUCCGGUGAAAUAUAUGGCUCAUUGUUCUUUAUGUGCUAGCUAUGUCAUAAACCCUCAAAGUUCCAUAUAAGGGCAAAAAAGCCAUCUUCCUCUGGGAAAAAUCCAAAACCCGUCUAAUUGGAAUGAAUGACAUUAGAGGCAAAUAUUUGUAUAACUAAACCAAUAUAGACCACAGCCUGUCGUUUCAAAUUGGAACAAAUGAGCCAUAAUGGGCAGAACAAGGAAGGAGGUGGGCAGAGCCAAGCACGAGCUAGCGAGAUCGUAUUGGCGCGUUCUAGUUUACAUUUGCAUAUUUCCAUUGGGGAACGCCUACUCUGUGAAGUGCUCGUGUGCAAUAACUACAUUUGCCUUUGCACUCCUUCUAAACAACACAAUUUUUUGAAACUUUGGCAAAGGGUAAAGUCUACAAAACUUAGUCCACUCUGUUCAUAACAGAUUGUAGUUUUGGGAACAGAAAACUGUAUUGAAAACAAAUUGGCUCCCAAUGUAUAAAGAAGAUGGAGAACAAGCUAUGAAGGAAUACUGGAGUUUUGGUGCAGAUAGAGCCAUCUAGCGCAAAAUAAUAUUACGACGUUGUUAAAACUAUAUGAUAUAUUGUCAAAAAUACUAUCCCGAUAUGUAACUGUAUCGAUAAAAAAAAAAAAAAAAAAAAAAACAUAUUUAUUUUUUAUUUUAUUUUUUAUUACUACUACAUACCCAACGGUCACCAUUAUUUGAGACUUUAACUUAAGGGUAUGCACUGUGUGAAGCAAUUGACUAGUGAAUCAAUUGACAAGUGUUACUGCCACCUCCAACCCCAAUUGCAGUUGAACAUUGUUUUGUUUUCAGUCAUUUUGUACACCCCCUGACCCCUAACCACACAAAAGAGAUGUAGGCUAUUAACACCUUCCUCCAAAAAGUAAUGCAUAAAUGGUGAGGAAGAGAGGGUAGCAUGGGAACUGGCUCUAGAGCGGGAGGCCAUCCUCUUCAGGUAAACUUUAGGCAACAGGCCUAGAUCAGAGCAAAUUAAUGUGGUGGUCAUGCUUGGUCAAUUUGUACAUUGAGUAGCAAUAUCCUGAGCAAGGUAUAGAGACAAUUGAAAUCUCUGGAGCGAUACCCUUCCCUACCCCCAAUAGGAUAAGCUUCUGGUGGUUGAAGAGAAAAUGAAUGUUUUUGAGGAAGGGAGAAUCAAGUAGUAUUAGAUGUUGGUUCAGGAUUAUUUUUUUAUAUCUCUCAUGACGGGACUGUCGUAAUGGCACUGUACUCUCCUUUUGUGUCACGAGUCACAAUGAUCUUGUGGCUUGAGAAUUUCAUGGUGUUAUAAAACUGUAUUGUAUUGCAAUAGAGGAACUGAUGUUUUUACACAGAUAUUUUUCUCCCAAGUAGCCCAAGGUCUAGUACUGUGAUCCCUAUUCACAUUUGAGACUUAUUAUGCUGCACUUUCAGGAACAGUGCCAAGAGGGGCACUUGAAGUUUGAAUAUGACAUUUCCUGUGUCCUCUGUCCAGAACUAUCCGGGUAUGGCUGAAGAGAGACAGUGGACAGUACUGGCCCAGCAUCUACCACACAGUCUCCUGUAAGUACCACAACCGAUUAGAAGUAGCCCUCAGUUGAAACAUCCACUAGGUGCUAAAAAUAGCUGAAGCGUAUACUUUUGAAUCAAAACAUUGGCCAUACGCAAUUGUUUUUCAAUACAUAGUUUUAUUCUCUGUACUAGCGCCGUGCUCCUGUAUGUCGUACCAUCACGACAGCAGGCGCAUCUUCAUAGGGCAGGACAACGGAGCCAUUGUGGUGAGUGAGCUGAAUGAAGCCUUAAAGAUUACCUCAUGCUUAAACCCCAGUCUGCCUGUGUUUGACUGGACUCAUAACAUGCCAUUCUGGUUCACACUGACCCAGUUUCAAAUGUUUCCCUGCUUUGAAUGAGGAACAAGCUAGAAGUAUGAAGUUACAUGGAAUAAGAGUGGGACUGGUAAUUGAUCUUUACUAUUGUUUGGUGGUCCUAACAGGAAUUCCUUCUGUCUGAAGAUUUCAACAAGAUGAACCAUGUGAAGACCUAUCCUGGUGAGAUCUGAGUGGGGGUUUCCUGCCUUUACAAAGCCAAUGAGAACUAAGACGCCUUGGUGAUGUAGACAUGAUAUUAUCUCUAGUGUUCAGUAAUGCAGUCCUGUGUAUCAGGAACAGUAUACUGCAGUGAUAAUGGCUCUUUAGUGUGCAUUAGUGUGUCUACUGGGCUGUGUUCUGCAGUCCCGCCCAGUCCCAUGAGAAAUCAUCUGGUCCCUACCAAGCAUGCCUCUGGGCAAAUGUCCCUCUGUGGACUCGAACAGGAAAUCGAGGCUGAUGUCAUUGCUGCUUAGAACACAUGCAUGCAUACACUCACAGAACCAGACCCACAGUGUGAGAUGAGAAAGUAAUCAUUGUCCAAGCAAUCAUAACUUGAAGAUGAUCCACCACCACUUCAUAUUGGCUGAUUUACUUGUAUUAUUCUGUUAUUACAGUCCCCUUCCCCCAGGCUCAGAGAAUAUGAUCUAUAUGACUAACAGCCUAGCCAUGCAGCCUGGACCCUGCUCUCAUCACUGGUAAAUCCCUGCUUUGGGAAACUUGAGAGUUUUAAGCAUUAGAUGCUAAAAAACAGAUGUCACUGUGGAAGUUUCCAGCAGUUCUCUUCCAGCAGAGAAAAUGAGCCCAGAACAGAAAAGCUCCAUUAAGUAAUUUAUAGUCAUUCUACUCACUCAAACCUUUUGCAGAAAGAGAAAGUUGAGUGGAGAAUGAAUUUGUGUGUGCGUGUAUUUAACCCAUUGUGGUUGUCUGUGUGUGUGUCCAGCCCAUCAGAACCGUGUGUCAGACAUGGUGUUUUCUCUGGAGAGCGAGUGGGUGGUGAGCACCGGACACGACAAGAGUGUGAGCUGGAUGUGCACCCAGAGCGGCAGUAUGCUGGGACGCCACUACUUCGGCUCCUGGGCCUCCUGUCUACAGUAUCCUUCUCUGUUUGCAUGAGAGCUGGACAGGUGUCAGUUUAUUGUAAUGUUCAUAUUCCUAAGAAUUACUUAUUGUGUCAAAGGUAACUUCCUAUGUGCCCUUCCUGUGUAUCUUCCUUGACUCUGUGUGUAGGUAUGACAACGACACCCAGCAUGCCUUUGUAGGGGACUACUCAGGACAGAUCACCCUGCUGAAACUGGAGAGAGAGACCUACUCCACCAUCACCACACUGAAGGGCCAUGAAGGUAACACGCAUACCACAGGAGGUUGGUGGCACAUUAAUUGGUGAGAACGGGCUGGUGGGAAUGACUGGAGUGGAAUGGUAUCAAAUACAUCAAACGCAUGGUUUCCAGGCGUUUAAUUCCAUUCCAUUUACUCCGUUCCGGCCAUUAUUGUGAGCCGUUCGCCACUCAGCAGCCUCCUGUGACACACGUAUACUGUACAUCUGCCUAUGCAUGGAAGCGGACACUGCAAACUGUUCAGAUGCCAUCUCUAAAUGGCAAUCAUUUUAAAAGAGGAAAUGUUGCUAGCAGAUUGUAUGGUGCUAUGCUAUAUCGUCAUGCAAUGUGGUAGCAGUUGUGUGUGUAUGUGUGUGUGUGUGUGUGUGUGUGUGUAUAUAUAUAUAUAUAUAUAUAUACAUACAUACAUACAUACAUACAUACAUACAUACAUACAUACAUACAUACAUACAUACAUACAUACACUGGUCAAACGUUUUAGAACACCUACUCAUUCAAGGGUUUGUCUUUUAUUUUUUUUACUAUUUUCUAGGUUGUAGAAUAAUAGUGAAGACAUCAAAACUCUGAAAUAACACAUAUGGAAUCAUGUAGUAACCAAAAAAGUGUUAAACAAAUCAAAAUAUAUUUGAGAUUCUUCAAAUAGCCACCCUUUGCUUUGAUGACAGCUUUGCACACUCUUGGCAUUCUCUCAACCAGCUUCAUGAGGUAGUCACCUGGAAUGCAUUUCAAUUAACCUCUACGGGAUCGGUGUCCCGUAUAUGGGACGGUUGAGCUAACGUGCGCUAAUGUGAUUAGCAUGACUGUUGUAAGUAACAGCAAACUUUCCAGGACAUAGACAUGUCUUAUAUGGGCAGAAAGCUUAAAUCCUUGUUAAUUCUUGUUAUAUUCUCCUACAUUAAUUUCACAUUUCCACAAACUUCAAAGUGUUUCCUUUCAAAUGGUAUCAAGAAUAUGCAUAUCCUUGCUUCAGGUCCUGAACUACAGGCAGUUAGAUUUAGGGCUGUCAUUUUAGGUGAAAUUAGAAAAAAAGGGUGCAAUCCUUAAGAGGUUAACAGGUGUGCUUUCUUAAAAGUUAAUUUGUGGAAUUUCUUUCCUUCUUAAUGCGUUUGAGCCAAUCAGUUGUGUUGUGAAAAGGUAGGGGUGGUAUACAGAAGAUAGCCCUAUUUGGUAAAAGACCAAAUCCAUAUUAUGGCAAGAACAGCUCAAAUAAGCAAAGAGAAACGACAGUCCAUCAUUACUUUAAGACAUGAAGGUCAGUCAAUCCAGAAAAUGUCAAGAACUUUGAAAGUUUCUUCAAGUGUAGUCACAAAAACCAUCAAGCGCUAUGAUGAAACUGGCUCUCAUGAGGACCGCCACAGGAAUGGAAGACACAGAGUUACCUCUGCUGCAGAGGAUACGUUCAUUAGAAUAACUGCAUCUCAGAUUGCAGCCCAAAUAAAUGCUUCACAGAGUUCAAGUAACAGACACAUCUCAACAUCAAUGGUUCAGAGGAGACUGUGUGAAUCAGGCCUUCAUGGUCGAAUUGCUGCAAGGAAACCACUACUAAAGGACACCAAUAAGAAGAAGAGACUUGCUUGGGCCAAGAAACAUGAGCAAUGGACAUUAGACUGGUGGAAAUCUGUCCUUUGGUCUGAUUGCUUCCAACCGCCGUGUCUUUUUGAGACGCAGAGUAGGUGAACAGAUGAUCUCCGCUUGUGUGGUUCCCACGUGAAGCAUGGAAGAGGUGUGAUGGUGUGGGGGUGCUUUGCUGGUGACACUGUCUGUGAUUUAUUUAGAAUUCAAGGCACACUUAACCAGCAUGGCUACCACAGCAUUCUGCAGUGAUACGCCAUCCCAUCUCUUACUUAAAGUUUUCUCUUACUUGGACUAUAAUUAGUUUUUCAACAGGACAAUGACCCAAAACACACCUCCAGGCUGUGCAAGGGCUAUUUGACCAAGAAGGAGAGUGAUGGAGUGCUGCAUCAGAUGACCUGGCCUCCUCAACCCAAUUUGAGAUGGUUUGGGAUGAGUUGAACCGCAGAGUGAAGGAAAAGCAGCCAACAAGUGCUCAGCAUAUGUGGGAACUCCUUCAAGACUGUUGGAAAAGCAUUCCAGGUGAAACUGGUUGAGAGAAUGAUUUGAAGCGUCUAAAACAAUUAAUCAAUUUUGAUUUAACACUUUUUUGGUUACUACAUGAUUCCAUAUGUGUUAUUUCAUAGUCCCUUUUUCCACAUUUUGUUACGUUACAGCCUUAUUCAAUUUUUGUUAAAUUUAAAUGUCACUCAUCAUCUACACACAAUACCCCAUAAUGACAAAGCGAAAACAGGUUUUUAGAAAUGUUUUGCAAAUAUAUUAGACAUAAAAAAACAGAAACCUUAUUUACAUAAGUAUUCCGACCCUUUGCUAUGAGACUCGAAAUGGAGCUCAGGUGCAUCCUGUUUCCAUUGAUCAUCCUUGAGAUGUUUCUACAACUUGAUUGGAGUCCACCUGUGUUAAAUUCAAUUGAUUGGACAUGAUUUGGAAAGGCACACACCUGUCUAUAUAAGGUCCCGCAUUUGACAGUGCAUGUCAGAGCAAAAACCAAGCCAUGAGGUCGAAGGAAUUGUCCGUAGAGCUCCGAGACAGCAUUGUGUCAAGGCACAUCUGGGGAAGGGUACCAAACCAUUUCUGCAGUAUUGAAGGACCCCAAGAACACCGUGGCCUCCAUUCUUAAAUGGGAUAAGUUUGGAACCACCAAGACUCUUCCUAGAGCUGGCCGCCCGGCCAAACUGAGCAAUCGGGGGAGAAGGGCCUUGGUCAGGGAGCUGAACAACAACCCGAUGGUCACUCUGACAGCGCUCCAGAGUUCCUCUGUGGAGAUGGGAGAACCUUCCAGAAGGACAACCAUCUCUGUAGCAUUCCACCAAUCAGGCCUUGAUGGUUUAGUGGCCAGAUGGAAGCCACUCCUCAGUAAAAGGCAAAUGACAGCCCGCUUGGAGUUUGCCAAAAGGCACCUAAAGGACUGUCAGACCAUGAGAAACAAGAUUCUUUGUUCUGAUGAAACCAAGAUUGAACUCUUUGGCCUGAAUGCCAAGCGUCACGUCUGGAGGAAACCUGGCACCAUCCCUACGGUGAAGCAUGGUGGUGGCAGCAUCAUGCUGUGGGGAUGUUUUUCAGCGGCAGGGACUGGGAUACUAGUCGGGAUCGAGGGAAAGAUGAACGGAGCAAAGUACAGAGAGAUCCUUGAUGUAAACCUGCUCCAGAGCGCUCAGGACCUUAGACUGGGGCGAAGGUUCACCUUCCAACAGGACAACGACCCUAAGCACACAGCCAAGACAACGCAGGAGUGACUUUGGGACAAGUCUUUGAAUGUCCUUGAGUGGCCCAGCCAGAGCCCGGACUUGAACCCGAUCGAAAAUCUCUGGACAGAUCUGAAAAUAGCUGUGCAGCGACGCUCCCCAUCCAACCUGACAAAGCUUGAGAGGGUCUGCAGAGAAGAAUGGGAGAAACUCCCCAAAUACAGGUGUGCCAAGCUUGUAGCGUCAUACCCAAGAAGACUCAAGGCUGUAAUCGCUGCCAAAGGUGCUUCAACAAAGUACUGAGUAAAGGGUCUGAAUACUUAUGUAAAUGUUAUAUUUCUUGGUAUUUAAUUUUUUGAAAUAAAUACUAAAAAACAGUUUUUGCUUUGUCAUUAUGGGGUAUUGUGUGUAGAUUGUUGAGAAAUACAAUUUCAUCCAUUUUAGAAUAAGGCUGUAACAUAACAAAAUGUGGAAAAGUCAAGGGGUCUGAAUACUUUCCAAAUGCACUGUACUUGACGGGGUACCAGUUCUGUGUCAAUGUGCAGGGGUACGAGGUAAUUGAGGUAGAUAUGUACAUAUAGGUAGGGAUAAAGUGACUAGGAAACAGGAUAGAUAAUUAAGCAAUGAGGCAUGAGGGGCUGUGGUAUAUGGUCAAUAUACCAUGGCUAAGGGCUGUUCUUAUGCACGACAUAACACGGAGUGCCUGGAUACAGCCCUUAGCCGUGGUACAGUAUAUUGGCCAUAUACCGCAAACCCCUAAGGUACCUUAUUGCUAUUAUUAUUAUUAUUAUUAUUAUUAUUAUUAUUAUUAUCAUCAAUGUAAUUAGAACAGUAAAAAUACAUAUUUUGUCAUACCCUUGGUAUACAGUCUGAUAUAUACCACGGCUUUCAUCCAGGAGCCAAACUACUUGGUUUAUAAUAAACAUUAUACCAUGGCAUUGUUGAAUACUAAUUUCUGAUUGGCUUGAAGGGCAUUCUAGAGCGUGUAUUAUUUCCCUAUAACGCAUGGUAUGUCAGCACGGUAGAAUUCAAUGGCUGUAGUUCAUUCUUACAAGUUCUAUGUUUGAGCUGCUUUUGAAAGCAAAAGUCGAAUUGAAAACAUUAUUGGUAUUGUUGAAUUUGAUUUUCAUAAUAGCAAUAGGGCUGAUGGUUUGGUUAGCUAAACUUGCAAGCCUGUUUGUUUGAUCACCAAAGCAACUAGCUACUGAACUAUCUACUCUAGUAAACUUGCUGGUUACUUCAGUGGAUGUUGAACACAUUUCUACAUGCAAAUGAACACAUUUCUAGCGGAAAAUGUGGUAAAUUAUACACCUUCCACAUCGUUCAUUAUUUUCCAUAGAAUGCAUAGCCCCUCGUUGAUUAUCCCAUACGUAGCAGCAUCGUAAGUGAUGAGUCAAAGAGUGCAAAAAUGGUCAAUGCAGAUAGUAGCUAUUGGUUAACUAUUUAGAAAUCCUAUGCCUUGGGGGUAGAAGCUGUUAACGGUCCUAUUGGUUCCAGACUUGGUGCAUCGGUAUAGCUUGCCGUGCGGUAGCAGAGAGAACAGUCUAUGACUUGGGUGGCUGGAGUUUAGACAAUUUUUAGGGCCUUCAUCUGACACCGCCUGGUAUAUAGGUCCUGGAUGGCAGGGAGCUCUGCUCCAGUGAUUUACUGGGCUGUACGCACUACCCUCUGUAGCGCCUUGCGGUCGGAUGCCAAGCAGUUGCCAAACCAACCACCCGUCUGUUGUCAUAACUUCCUGUUCUCUCUCUUGCUUCCUCUCUCUCUCUCUCUUUCUCUCCCCCCCUUUCUCAGGUAGUAUUGGAGCUCUGUGGUGGGAUCCUGUUCAGAGGCUUUUGUUCUCAGGAGCGUCUGACCACAGUGUCAUCAUGUGGGACAUCGGGGGCCGCAAGGGACGCACACUACUGCUCCAGGGACACCAGUAAGAGGGAGUGUGUGUGUGUGUGUGUGUGUGUGUGUGUGUUAUCCAGUGCAUAUGCUUAUCGGAAGCAAGGCUCUGUAGGUCAGUACCAGCUGUCGCAGGGAGCUGUUCACUUCGUAGUGUUUUAUUUUUAUGCAUGUUUUACCAUCUGUGAGCUCCCCAGAUGGCGUAGCUAUCAGACCAAGUCAAUGGAGUUCCACUGAAGUUCUAUCAUUAUGUUACUACAUUAAACAAUUUAUGUCUGGAAUUCUUUGAAAGAUUACUCUAUUUUCUACAUUAUUCCUUCCUCCUUUUUUUCCUCACCCCUCUCUCUCUCUCUCUUCCUCCCCGUCUCCAGUGAACGAGUGCAGGCGGUGCGCUACCUGCAGCUGACCAGGCAGCUGGUGUCCUGUUCUGCAGAUGGAGGCGUCACAGUGUGGAACAUGGACACACCCAGAGAAGAGGUAGGCACAGUGCAUUCGGAAAGUAUUCAGACCCCUUGACAUUUUCCAAAUGUUGUUACUUUACAGCCUUAUCCUAAAAUGGUUUAAAAAUAUAUCCUCAUCAAUCUACACACAAUACCCCAUAGUGACAAAGGAAAUUGAUAAAAAUACAAAACUGAAAUAUUUACAUAAGUAUUCAGCACCUUUGGCAGCGACUACAGCCUCAAGUCUUCUUGGGUAUGACGCUACAAGCUGGGCACAUCUGUAUGGGGAGCGUCGCUGCACAGCUGUUUUCAAGUCUCUCCAGAGAUGUUUGAUCGGGUUCAAGUCUGUGCUCUGGCUGGGCCACUCAAGGACAUUCAGAGACUUGUCCCGAAGCCACUCCUGCGUUGUAUUUGCUGUGUGCUUAGGUUCGUUGUCCUGUUGGAAGGUGAACUUUCGCCCCAGUCUGAGGUCCUGAGCGCUCUGGAGCAGAUUUUCAUCAAGGAUCUCUCUGUACUUUGCUCUGUUCAUUUUUCCCUCGAUCCUGACUAGUCUCAGUCCCUGCCACUGAAAAACAUCCCCACAGCAUGAUGCUGCCACCACCAUGCUUCUCCGUAGAGAUGGUACCAGGUUUCCUCCAGACGUGACGCUUGGCAUUCAGGCCAAAGAGUUCCAUCUUGGUUUCAUCAGACCAGAUAAUCUUGUUUCUCAUGGUCUGAGAGUCCUUUAGGUGCCUUUUGGCAACUCCAAGCGGGCUAUCAUGUGCCUUUUACUGAGGAGUGGCUUCUGUACCAUAAAGGCCUGAUUGGUGGAGUGCUGCAGAGAUGGUUGUCCUUCUGGAAGGUUCUCCCAUCUCCACAGAGGAACUCUGGAGCUCUUUCAGAGUGACCUUCGGGUUCUUGGUCACUUCCCUGACCAAGGUCCUUCUCCCCCGAUUGCUCAGUUUGGCUGGGCGGCCAGCUCUAGGAAGAGUCUUGGUGGUUCCAGGCUUCUUCCAUUUAAGAAUGAUGGAGGCCACUGUGUUCUUGGGGACCUUCAAUGCGACACAAUCAUGUCCCGGAGCUCUACGGACAAUUCCUUCGACUUCAUGGCUUGGUUUUUGCUUUGACAUGCACUGUCAACUGUGGGACCUUUAUAUAGACAGGUGUGUGCCUUUCCAAAUCAUGUACAAUCAAUUGAAUUUACCACAGGUGGACUCCAAUCAAGUUGUAGAAACAUCUCAAGGAUGAUAAAUGGAAACAGGAUGCACCUGAGCUCCAUUUCGAGUGUCAUAGCAGGGGUCUGAAUACUUAUGUAAAUAAGGUAUUUGUUUUUUAUUUUUAAUAAAUUUGGCAACAUUUUUAAAACCUGUUUUCGCUUUGUCAUUAUGGGGUAUUGUGUGUAGAUGGAUGAGGGGGGAAAACAAUUUAAUCAAUUUUAGAAUAAGGCUGUAACGUAAUAAAAUGUGGAAAAAGUCAAGGGGUCUGAACUUUCCGAAUGCACGGUAUAUCAGGAGCCAGGAAUACAUCUCAAUGCCUCUCUGCACCCCCUCCUCUCCUUACAGCAGGGGUGGGUAAACCUUUUGCCCCCCCCCAAAAAAAAACAAGAACAAAAAACAUGCCGUAGUUUGCCCACCUCUGCCUUAGAGGCUGCUGUAUUCCCAAUCGCCUUGGUUAAGGACCGUCACCAGCUCUGUACUACCCUCUGGUGUUGAAAGUUGAACAUUGCUACAAAGUAUCAUCACUCCCUCUCUACUCUGUAUGUAACUCUCUCUCUCUUCCUGCUUGACUCUCUACAGGCUCCUCAGUGGUUGGACAGUGACUCAUGUCAGAAGUGUGAGCAGCCUUUCUUCUGGAACGUCAAACAGAUGUGGGAUUCAAAGACCAUUGGACUUCGGCAGGUGAGAGGGCAGGCAGCCUCUGGUAUAGUCCAGAGCCUUGUAUUGAGAAUAUAAUACAAGGCUCUGACAUAGCCAUUACUGUUGUAAGAAUUGCCUUGUAACUGUAUAAUAGUCAUGGUAGAAAUACAGGAACUAGGAGUGAUCAGUCCAUAUUCUUUGAUCCUUGGCUAAUGCUGAUGGGGAUUCAAAGACCAUUGGACUUCGGCAGGUGAGAGGGCAGGCAGCCUCUGGUAUAGUCCAGAGCCUUGUAUUGAGAAUAUAAUACAAGGCUCUGACAUAGCCAUUACUGUUGUAAGAAUUGCCCUUGUAACUGUAUAAUAGUCAUGGUAGAAAUACAGGAACUAGGAGUGAUCAGUCCAUAUUCUUUGAUCCUUGGCUAAUGCUGAUAUGUGAUUCUAAGACCAUUGGGCUUCGGCAGGUGAGAGGGCAGGCAGCCCCUGGUGUAGCCAUUACUGUAAUACAAAUAUCCUUGUGACUGAAUUGUAAUAGUAGUGGUAGAAAUAUAGAUACAGGCAUAUAGAAAUACAGGAACUAGGAGUGAUCAGUCUUUAUUCUUUGACCCUUGACUAACCCUCGUGUUUCCUGGUUCAGCACCACUGCAGGAAGUGUGGCAAAGCGGUGUGUGGGAAGUGUAGUUCCAAGAGCACUACAUACCCUGUGAUGGGCUUUGAGUUCCAGGUGCGAGUGUGUGACACCUGCUACGACACCGUUAAGGACGAGGAGUGAGUAUGAUACACUAGUAAUAGAGCAUAAUAGAGUAAUAAAAACAUCCCAAAACAAUCUAAGUAAGUCUCUCUGGAUAAGUGUCUGCUAAAUGACUUAAAUGGAAUGUCAAUGUAAUAAUACUGUAAUGGAGUAUAAUAAAAAUGUGACUCAGAUUUACUUUUGUCUUCUUCAUCCCACCCCCUCAUUCCUUGCUACUUGUUGUCCUCACGUACCACUUUGUCUCGUCUUCCAGUCGUACUGCGUUAGCAACGUUCCAUGAGGGGAAGCACAACAUAGCCUUUAUGGACAUGGACCCUUCCAGAGGCCUGAUGGUGACCUGUGGCAGCGACCGUGUCGUCAAGGUCAGACAUACUAUCAGCCCUGUUCAGAAAAUAACCACUAUAUUUUAUUACAGAUAAGGUCUUACAGAGUUUUUGUUGCAUCAAGAAAUUACUUUAUUCAAGUUUCAACAAAGCCGAUACCAGUCUGCAGAGUGCCCCCCCCCCUUACGGUCUCCCUCCAUUUUAUAUAGUCCUCUUCAGUUUUCCCGCUCUUUUAUUGCUCUGCCCACUUCCUUUGUCUCUGAGAGCGGCUAAACUCAACAUUCAUUAAGUUCAGAGUACUACACUCAAUCAAUCCUUAUCUUGCAAAAACACUCAUGUUUAGUUUAAACUCUGUUCAACCCUGGCUCUUUUCACUGUGUUUGAAGACAAAAACAAACGUCCCAAGCCAGUUUCAGUCUUUGAUAUGAUAAGACAACCAUGGAUCUAAGUAAGAGCAAGCACUCUGACCCUAGGGCAGAUUCCCUCUCUACUCACCCACACAGUGAAAUUAAAUGACCCAAUACAAUUCCUGGCCCAGUAACAAAGAAUUCUAACUUUAUGCUCUUGAUUAACCCAGUUCUACCUCAUAGUCCAUUAAACUCUACAGUUCAUUAAUAAUAAUUCACCACAGUGGUCAGAUAGACAGUCCCUGAUCAAUGGGGAUUAGACCCAAUACUAUUAAAUGUUUUUAAUAUGCUUGGAAAGCGGAAAACGUUCUAGAACGUCAAAAAGUAAACAUUACUGGAGACAUCUUGCCGUUUUGGAGACAGCAUUGCCUUUGCUAGCAAAUCUUGGCUAAUUAACAGUAAGUAAGUGAAUUGUUUCGCCCCAAAGUUAGCCAAGAUUAUUAGCUAGUCAGCUAAAAUUGUUUACAGUUAGUUAGCAAUCGCUUCUACACUAUGUUGCUAGCUACAGUAGCACUGCCAUGUCAAUAACCUGUCUCCAAAAAUGAUGAGGUGUUGGUUGUUUACAUUUUACCAUUGUGACGUGCAUUAAUGUAUAUCCACUUUCUAUGCGUAUGACUCAUCUUUGCAUAUUCAUCUGUCUGUUUUUCAUCUGACUUUACUGACUCUCUGAUUGGCUCUUUCUUUCCACAGAUAUGGGACAUGACGCAAGUGGUUGGCUGUAGCAUAGCAACAGGCUUCUCCCCACGUUGAUUAACCCCCGCCCCCUCGGCCCCCAAACUCUGUCCUCUACUCUACUGACAGGUGUCUCUGUCCUUGGGACUGCUGUUGCCAUGGCAACUCCUCUGUCUUCUCAUCCUUCUGGCUCCUCUUCUGUCUGGCUGCUUCUGUUCUCUCAUCUCCCACUGGACGUUUGGAUGAAGAUACGUAUGUGUGUGUGUGUUGUGUAAAUGGGUGGGUACUAGUGUUGGUAACCCUUCGCUUGAUUUGGUGUCAGUUUUGUACGUGAGAAGUUGAGUCUCAAAUGUGUCUCAGGUCUAACUUCCAGUGUGUACCCGUUCAGCGGAGCUCCAAGCACAAUGUUAUGUUCUAAUAUGUGUGUGUGUGAAUGGAAGGAGCAGUGUUGGUGUUUGUGUUUACGUAUGUUAGACUUCUGUCUGGUUUCUUUGACAUAGUGGGUCAGCUCUAAUUCCUCUUGCACUGUAACAUUGGACUGCUAGACCCCGAUAAUCCACUAAGCCCUGCCCAACAGACACACAUAGGGCUCUCCUAUUGGCUGCUUACUUCAACUUUCUACAUUUUUAAAUAUCGCAAAUGCUAACCACGACAACACAGCUUUUAUAUAUCAAUAUGCAUAGUGUGUACAGUAUGAGAUGUAGUGUGCUUAUCGCUGUAUAUCCCUCACUGAUCAUGAGGUCAGUUUCUCUCUUUCCUCGCUAGUCGUUAUUUCUCUCUUUCUCAUUCUCUCUCUUCACUAGUUGGCCUUAAACUCACUCGUUUGUCUCAGGAGGAGGAGAUGGAAGAGUCAUUAGAGGGCAUGGCUGUGUGUGCCGUCACCAUGGCAACCCUGGCCGAGCCGUAG